AUGAAAUUCUUAAUUCUUUUAUCAACAUUUAUAAUAUCGAUAAAUUCAUUAAUAAUAACGGAAAAAUCUAAAAGAUUCGAUGCAUGGGAUUAUCAAAAUGAUAUAGUAAGAGGAGUAAACUUAGGUGGUUGGUUUGUAUUAGAACCAUAUAUUAAACCAUCAUUAUUUGGAACUUGGUUAUUUCCUCAAAAUACUCCUGUAGAUGAAUAUCAUUUUACAAAACAAUUAGGUAAAACUGCUGCUUUACAAGUUUUAAAACAACAUUGGGCAAGUUGGUAUACAGAAGCUGAUUUUGAACAAAUGAGUUAUUUAGGAUUAAAUGUUGUUCGUAUUCCUAUUGGUUAUUGGGCUUUUCAAUUAUUAGAUAAUGAUCCUUAUGUUCAAGGACAAGUUGAAUAUUUAGAUAAAGCUUUACAAUGGUCAAGAAAUCAUAAUAUAAAAGUUUGGAUUGAUUUACAUGGUGCUCCAGGUUCACAAAAUGGUUUUGAUAAUUCUGGUUUAAGAGAUACAUUAGAUUGGCAAAAGGGUAAUAAUGUACAAAUUACUUUAAAUGUUUUACAAAAAAUUUUUGAAAAAUAUGGUUCAUCAAAUUAUCAAGAUGUUGUUAUUGGAAUUGAAUUAUUAAAUGAACCUUUAGGACCUGCUUUAAAUUUAGAUCAAAUUAAAGAUUUUUAUAAUAAAGGUUAUUCAAAUUUAAGACAAACUGGUUCUUCAACUCCUGUUAUAAUUCAUGAUGCUUUUCAACCUGCAGGAUAUUGGGAUAAUACAUUACAAGUUAGUCAAGGAGCUUGGAGUGUUGUAGUUGAUCAUCAUCAUUAUCAAGUAUUUUCGCCAGGUGAAUUAGAAAGAGAUAUAAAUGAUCAUGUUUCAGUUGCAUGUAAUUGGGGUUGGGAUGCUAAAAAGGAAUCACAUUGGUCAAUUGUUGGUGAAUGGUCUGCAGCAUUAACUGAUUGUGCUACAUGGCUUAAUGGGGUUGGAAGAGGUGCAAGAUAUGAAGGUCAAUAUGAUAAUUCACCAUGGAUUGGUUCAUGUUCAGAUAUAAAUAUUGAAGAUAUUAGAAAUUGGCCAUCAGAUUAUAAAACUAAUGUACGUAAAUAUAUUGAAGCUCAAUUAGAUGCUUUUGAAUUUAAUGGUGGUUGGAUUUUUUGGAAUUGGAAAACUGAAACUGCUGGUGAAUGGGAUUUUCAAAAAUUAACUGCUGCUGGAUUAUUUCCUCAACCUUUAAAUAAUAGGCAAUUUCCGAAUCAAUGUGGAUUUCAUUAA